UCCCUCUCCCCUGCCGGACCCCGCUCUGCCCGCCCCGCGCCCACGUCUUGCCAAGCCCCUUACCCUCCUGCCGCGGCCCCUGCCCGGGGCGCGGCCGCAACCAACACCAUGCGCCCAGCAACCCUGCUGCUCCUGCCCGCGCUGCUGGCGCUCCUGGCUCACGGACUCUCCUCUGAGGCCCCAACCAUGGGGGAAGGGCAAGCCACAGGCAUCAAGGAGAUGGAUGGGGAGCUGACAGCGGUCCCUACACCUGAGCAGCCAGAACGAAGUGUCCACUUUGUUACCACGGCCCCCACUCUGAAGCUGCUCAACCACCACCCACUGAUGGAGGAAUUCCUGCAAGAGGGGCUGGAGACGGGCGAGGAGGAGCUGAGGCCAGCGCUGCCUUUUCAGCCUGACCCACCUACACCCUUCACUCCAAGCCCCCUGCCCCGCCUGGCCAAUCAGGACAGCCGCCCAGUCUUUACCAGCCCCACCCCGGCCAUGGUUGCAGCACCCACACAGCCCCAAUCCAGAGAGGGACCUUGGAACCUGGAGUCAGAGGCCCCAGUGCUUCGGAUCACAGCUCUUCUACCUCCAGGGCCCAGCAUGGCAGCGCCCACCCUACGCCCAGGGGAGAGGCCCAGUACUACACCCCCCACCAGAGCAUGGACUCCGACUCAAGAGGGUCCUGGAGACAUGGGCAGGCCGUGGGCUCCAGACGUCAUGUCCCAGACCAUGGGGCUUGGGAUGGAGGGAACCAUCACCACCUCCACAGCUUCAGGGGAUGACGAGGAGACCACCACCACCAGCACCAUCAUUACCACCACCAUCACCACCAUCCAGCCACCAGGCCCUUGUAGCUGGAAUUUCUCUGGCCCAGAGGGCUCUCUGGACUCCCCUGUAGCCCCCAGCUCACCCUCUGAUGUCGGCCUGGACUGUUUCUACUAUAUCUCUGUCUACCCUGGCUAUGGUGUGGAGAUCAAGGUUCAGAACAUCAGCCUCAGAGAGGGGGAGACAGUAACCGUGGAGAGCCUGGGGGGCCCUGACCCGCUGCCCCUGGCCAAUCAGUCUUUCCUGCUACGGGGCCAAGUCAUCCGCAGUCCCACCCACCAAGCAGCUCUGAGGUUCCAGAGCCUCCCACCACCGGUUGGGCCUGGCACCUUCCAUUUCUACUACCAAGCCUAUCUCCUGAGCUGCCACUUUCCCCGACGUCCAGCUUAUGGAGAUGUGACUGUCACCAGCCUCCACCCAGGAGGAAGUGCCCGCUUCCACUGUGCCACUGGCUACCAGCUAAAAGGUGCCAGGCUCCUUACCUGUCUCAACGCCACCCAGCCCUUUUGGGAUUCCCAGGAACCUGUCUGCAUUGCUGCCUGCGGUGGAGUGAUCCGCAAUGCCACCAUCGGCCGCAUUGUCUCUCCGGGCUUCCCGGGAAACUACAGCAACAACCUCACCUGCCACUGGCUGCUUGAGGCUCCUGAGAGCCAGCGGCUGCACCUGCACUUUGAGAAGGUCUCCUUAGCAGAGGAUGAUGACAGGCUCAUCAUUCGCAAUGGGGACAAUGUGGAGGCCCCGCCUGUGUAUGAUUCCUACGAGGUGGAAUACCUGCCCAUUGAGGGCCUGCUCAGCUCUGGCAGACACUUCUUUGUGGAGCUCAGUACUGACAGCAGCGGGGCAGCUGCAGGCAUGGCCCUGCGCUAUGAGGCCUUCCAGCAGGGCCACUGCUAUGAGCCUUUUGUCAAAUACGGCAACUUCAGCAGCAGCGCACCCUCCUACCCUGUGGGUACCACAGUGGAGUUCAGUUGUGACCCUGGCUACACCCUGGAACAGGGCUCCAUCAUCAUUGAGUGCAUUGACCCCCACGACCCCCAGUGGAAUGAGACAGAGCCGGCCUGCCGAGCUGUGUGCAGUGGGGAAAUCACAGAUUCAGCCGGCGUGGUGCUCUCCCCCAACUGGCCAGAGCCCUAUGGCCGUGGGCAGGACUGCAUCUGGGGUGUGCACGUAGAAGAAGAUAAACGCAUCAUGCUGGACAUCCGAGUGCUGCGCAUAGGCCCUGGUGAUGUACUUACUUUCUAUGAUGGGGAUGAUCUGACAGCUCGAGUCCUGGGCCAGUACUCGGGGCCCCGUGGCCACUUCAAGCUCUUUACCUCUAUGGCUGAUGUCACCAUCCAGUUCCAAUCGGACCCAGGGACUUCAGUGCUGGGCUAUCAGCAGGGAUUUGUCAUCCAUUUCUUUGAGGUUCCCCGCAAUGACACAUGUCCAGAGCUGCCCGAGAUCCCCAAUGGCUGGAAGAGUCCAUCACAGCCUGAGCUGGUGCAUGGCACUGUGGUCACUUACCAGUGCUACCCUGGCUACCAGGUGGUGGGAUCCAGUGUCCUCAUGUGCCAAUGGGAUCUAAGCUGGAGUGAGGACCUGCCUUCAUGCCAGAGAGUGACUUCCUGCCAUGACCCUGGGGAUGUGGAACAUAGCCGACGCCUCAUAUCUAGCCCCAAGUUUCCUGUGGGGGCCACCGUGCAGUAUAUCUGUGACCAGGGUUUUGUGCUGACGGGAAGUGCCAUCCUCACCUGUCAUGACCGCCAGGCUGGCAGCCCCAAGUGGAGUGAUCGGGCCCCCAAGUGUCUCUUGGAACAGCUUAAGCCGUGCCAUGGCCUCAGCGCCCCUGAGAAUGGUGCCCGCAGUCCUGAGAAGAGGCUACACCCAGCAGGAGCCACUGUCCACUUCUCAUGUGCCCCUGGCUAUGUGCUAAAGGGCCAGGCCAGCAUCAAGUGUGUGCCUGGGCAUCCCUCGCAUUGGAGUGACCCCCCACCCAUCUGUAGGGCUGCCUCUCUGGAUGGGUUCUACAGCGGCCGUAGCCUGGAUGUUGCCAAAGCACCUGCUGCCCCUAGCACCCUGGAUGCUGCCCAUAUCGCUGCUGCCAUCUUCUUGCCGCUGGUGGCAAUGGUGCUGUUGGUGGGAGGUGUGUACCUCUACUUCUCCAGGCUCCAGGGAAAAAGUCCCCUGCAGCUUCCCCGAACGCGUCCUCGCCCCUAUAACCGCAUCACCGUGGAGUCAGCAUUUGACAAUCCAACCUAUGAGACUGGAUCUCUUUCCUUUGCAGGAGACGAGAGAAUAUGAAGUCUCCAUCUAGGUGGGAGCAGCCCAGGCAGGUUCACGCAGCCCAGCAUCAUGGCUCCUGGCUUCCUGCUGUCGCUCUGGCUCCUGUACAUACCACUUGGGAAGAGAUGCCAUCCAUCCCUCAAGAAGUUGUGCAAUGCCUAUGAUGGCCUAUUUUCUUGGCACCACUGCUCACUUAGGGCCCUUCCUUAGGCCCAAGUCAAGGGGUACCUGACUCAAGGGACACCUGUCAUCAUCAAUAGCCAGUGUUCUCUCAAACAUUCCCCACACUCUGGCCCUCCUGCCUGGAAGGCAGAACAGGAGCACCUCUUUUCCCAUGGCUACCACCCAGCCCUGGACUAACUCAACAGUGGUGGAAACCACACCAGGCUGCUACUCACAGGGCCAUCACCAGGAGUGAAAACCACUCUCAAUGGUGGCCUUGGGUAGUCCUGGAGUGCCAACAUUAGCCCCUUAGGGCAGUCUCUGGCCCUUCGCUAAAGCCUCAGAAAUGGACAAUUCAGCCCCCUGCCCUGAAAUAGUGGAGGCAAUAAUUCUAAGGGACCCAAAGGGUGUAGGGACUCUACCCAAGUUCAGGGUGGGCUCCAAUGGGCACAUAUACUCCACACCAAAGCAGGACACCCGACUGCUCCCUUGCAGCCCUAUACCCUGAAGUGAGGGGGGACCCUCUCCUGAUGUUUGUUGGCCUAUUACAAAUACCCCCUUUCUUAUUAGUCCUUCAUCCAAGCCCCUUGGCAGGCUGCUCCUCCUGCCACUGUGUAAUGGCGUAAGGGGAGUGGGCAGGUAUAUUCUGGAGAUGAGCAGAGGUCCAAGGACCCAGGAAUUUAGCAUGGGACAGAGUCUGAGAGCCCCAGGAGCUGGCUGAAGGCAAUUUUGUAUAUAUAAUGUAUUAUAUGGGGUCUGAGCUCCAGCCAGAGAACAAUCUUUUAUUUCUGUUGUUUCCUUAUUAAAAUGGUGUUUUUGGAAAAAAAAAUCA